UAAAGCUCAGAACUUUGGGGUGUGUUUUCGUGGGGUUUCUUAUUAGUGGUGCUUUUUCCAUUGCAUUCAAUUUAUAUUCGAUUCUUCGUGCUAAACAAAUGUCUUUACGCUAAUAAAUUAUAACCAAGAGUUUCGGAAUGUAAUUAAGCAGAAUUAUCCACAUAGAAUAAUGGUACGAAGAAAACGGAAAACCAUAAUAAAGGAAAAUUUACAAGGCCAAAGAUACCUUAAAGAAAUAUGUUUUUCGUAUAUAAUAUUUUCCACACUCGUGAUUGCUAAUGCAUUGCCCCCAGUAAUACGCGUAGGUGCCAUAUUUACCGACGAUGAACGUGAAAGCAGUAUUGAAUCGGCAUUUAAAUACGCAAUAUACCGUAUAAAUAAGGAAAAGACUCUUCUUCCAAAUACCCAGUUGGUAUACGAUAUUGAAUAUGUUCCCCGAGAUGACUCGUUUCGCACUACUAAAAAGGUUUGCAGCCAGUUGGAGACAGGUGUUCAAGCAAUUUUUGGCCCAACUGAUGCUCUUCUAGCUAGUCAUGUACAAUCUAUAUGCGAAGCUUAUGAUAUACCCCAUAUUGAAGGUCGCAUUGAUCUUGAAUAUAAUUCCAAAGAAUUUUCUGUUAAUUUAUAUCCGUCGCAUACGCUCUUAACUCUAGCAUAUAGAGAUAUAAUGGUCUACUUGAACUGGACGAAGGUGGCAAUAAUUUAUGAAGAAGAUUAUGGUCUAUUUAAUUUGAUGCACUCAUCUACUGAGGCAAAAGCGGAAAUGUAUAUAAGGCAAGCCAGUCCGGAUUCAUAUCGUCAAGUCCUACGAGCGAUACGUCAAAAGGAAAUUUACAAAAUUAUAGUGGAUACAAAUCCAUCUCACAUAAAAACGUUUUUUAGAUCCAUUUUACAACUACAAAUGAAUGACCAUCGUUACCAUUAUAUGUUUACAACAUUCGACUUGGAGACAUAUGAUCUGGAAGAUUUCAGAUAUAACAGCGUAAAUAUAACUGCAUUUCGCCUUGUUGAUGUCGAUAGCAAAAGAUAUCUCGAAGUAAUAAAUCAAAUGCAGAAAUUACAACACAAUGGAUUGGAAAUUAUAAAUGGAAUUCCUUAUAUACAGACAGAGUCCGCAUUAAUGUUUGACUCGGUGUACGCGUUUGCGACUGGAUUACACUUUCUAAAUUUAGAUAAUCGUCAAAAUCUUUAUAUCAAAAACCUCUCCUGCACCUCCGAUCAAACCUGGAAUGAUGGAAUUUCAUUGUAUAACCAAAUAAAUGCAGCCAUCACAGACGGUUUGACUGGCAAUGUCAAUUUUGUGGAAGGUCGGCGAAACAUAUUUAAACUUGAUAUUCUUAAACUAAAGCAAGAAAAAAUACAAAAAGUUGGAUAUUGGCAACCCGACGGUGGCGUAAACAUUUCGGAUCCAACGGCUUUCUACGAUUCAAAUAUCGCAAAUAUAACAUUGGUUGUUAUGACUAGAGAGGAGCGCCCGUAUGUUAUGGUUAAAGAAGACAAAAAUCUUACUGGAAAUAUAAGGUUUGAAGGAUUUUGUAUUGAUCUUUUGAAAGCGAUCGCCACACAAGUUGGGUUUCAAUAUAAAAUUGAAUUAGUUCCCGAUAAUAUGUAUGGUGUUUACAUACCAGAGACUAAUUCAUGGAAUGGAAUAGUGCAGGAAUUAAUGGAAAGGCGCGCUGAUCUUGCUGUAGCCUCAAUGACAAUUAAUUACGCUCGGGAAAGUGUUAUCGACUUUACAAAACCAUUUAUGAACUUGGGCAUUGGUAUAUUAUUCAAGGUGCCGACAAGUCAACCCACACGACUGUUCUCCUUUAUGAACCCUUUGGCAAUCGAGAUAUGGCUUUAUGUGCUAGCUGCAUACAUAUUAGUAUCUUUCGCGCUCUUUGUAAUGGCUCGAUUUUCUCCAUAUGAGUGGAAAAACCCCCAUCCAUGCUACAAGGAUACGGAUAUAGUGGAAAAUCAGUUUUCUAUAUCAAACAGUUUUUGGUUUAUAACAGGAACAUUCUUACGCCAAGGAUCUGGACUUAAUCCGAAGAUUUCAGACCGAGCUCAAACGAAAUUUUUCUCAUUCAUUGCUCCAUUCGCUAUUGAAAUUUGGUUUUAUAUUGCUUUUGGAUACAUUUUUGUAUCGAUCUCCAUUUGGAUUGUUGCUCGAUUAUCACCGAUCGAAUGGGUUAAUUCAAAGCCACCAUGUUCAAUGGCUUGUGACCAUAUAUUGCGCGAAAUUCAAAAAGUAAAUGGCUUUGACGAACAACUGGAGUUAAUAAACAAACAAAAAAUGUCAAAUAAUGAUGAAAUAUAUUUAAGUACAUACUGCAAAAUAAAAAAUUCUACCAAUUAUGUUGAAUAUGAUGAUACUACUUGUGAUCACGGUACUUUACCUUUACCACUACCUAAUGAUGUUAAUGAAGAAGACUCGGAUGAUAAUACAGUGGACUUAGUUCGAAUCCAAAACAAUUUUACUUUAAAAAAUAGUUUUUGGUUUGCCAUUGGCGCUCUUAUGCAACAAGGUUCUGACUUAUAUCCUAGGGCAACCUCGACGCGUAUUGUUGGCGGAUGCUGGUUCUUUUUUUGUCUAAUCAUAAUAUCUUCAUACACUGCCAACUUAGCUGCAUUUUUAACUGUUGAACGGAUGAUUUCACCAAUAGAAAGCGCUUCAGAUUUGGCAGAGCAAACAGAAAUAUCAUAUGGAACUUUGGAAGGUGGAUCUACAAUGACAUUUUUUAGGGAUUCAAAAAUUGGUAUAUAUCAAAAAAUGUGGCGUUAUAUGGAAAACCGAAAAACAACUGUAUUUGUUAAAACCUAUGAUGACGGAAUUAAACGGGUAAUGGAAGGAAGCUAUGCUUUUUUGAUGGAAUCUACAAUGCUGGACUAUGCUGUUCAACGUGAUUGUAAUUUGACUCAAAUAGGAGGCCUGCUGGAUUCUAAAGGUUAUGGCAUUGCCACGCCUAAGGGCUCUCCUUGGAGAGAUAAAAUUUCACUUGCUAUUUUGGAGCUACAAGAGAAGGGAAUUAUUCAAAUAUUAUAUGACAAAUGGUGGAAAAAUACAGGUGACGUUUGCAACAGAGACGAUAAGAGCAAGGAGUCCAAAGCCAAUGCACUUGGAGUAGAAAAUAUUGGUGGCGUAUUUGUUGUUCUCCUUUGUGGACUUGCGCUUGCAGUUGUGGUGGCCAUUUUUGAGUUUUGCUGGAAUUCAAGAAAAAAUUUAAAUACAGAAAAUCAAUCUCUGUGCUCAGAAAUGGCGGAGGAACUUCGUUUUGCAAUGCACUGCCAUGGAUCAAAAUCAAGACAUAGGCCGCGAAAACGGAAUUGCCUUAAAUGUUCUUCUGGACCAACAUACGUUCCGAGUAAUAUAAGCUCGUCAAAUGUGGGCGUUCACUAUAAUUAUUUUAAUUAAAUUUGAUCGUGCUACUAUAGUAGAGUUUUUCUACAAUUUGAAAUGAAAUUAUACUAUAGAAUCAAUAUGUAAUUUAA